AUAUAUUUAUUGAUAAUAAGGUAAAUAUUACGUAUUAAAUUGUAUCACCGAAUUUUGUUGAAUUGAUCAAUUGCGACUAAAAAAGAGGCAAAAUUUUACAAAUGAUACGAUAACAUUUGAAAGCUAUUAGUUCUAAAAUAGGAAAUCUCAGUUAUAAACCGCCGCGAUCCUGCGAUCCCUACUCCGAUCAGAGAUAUCGAGUAAGUGGGGGGUUUUCCAAGGUGCGAGAUAUUCUUCCAACCUCACGGGAUGACCUUCCCGUGGGAAGUUGGUGGGGAGAUGCUGGGAGGUCCUUCUCUGGACCACAGACACGUGCCACUUGUCAUACUUUCGGAAGUACUUGCUUUCGGACGGUUCGAAGGGAGAUUAGUACGAGAUCAGGUGUAAUCGAUCAAAGAAGAAACGCGUGUUAAACCACUUACAGUUGACUCGCAGAUAUUCGUUGUUAGAUAAAAUAUUUUGCCGAUUAAAAAAGUAGAAUAUCGUUUGACCUCAAUACGUGGUGCUAAAUAAUGACACGGCAGAUUGUAAUGUCAAGUUCUUGUCCAAAUAAUUUACGUUGACAACUGUGAAAUUUAAAGAAGAAAGAAAUUUGAAAAGCCCAUUGGAUACUUCAGUCGUCAUCAAAUAUAAAGUGCGCGAAUUAAAAUUAUUACUGGAACGUAUGCCAUCGUCUGAAUGAGAUCAGGAUCGUCUAUUGCAGACGGGAUCGAUGAUUUUUCACAAGAUGGAACUCUACCAAAACCGCGAAAAAAUAAACGAUGCCGUUUAUGAUCUUCGUCGGACACGAUCGCUUUCGUGUGAGAACGAAGCAUUUUCAAACAACAUCGAGAGAGGCUGCAUGUCACCGACCGUCAAUCGAGAGUCUAUCGAGUAUGCAUCCGAUUCCAGCUGCGAGGGUUACAGGGAAUUUCAGAAGCAACAGACCGAGAGAAGAAAUUCAUCCCCGAUAGCCGCGUCCAGUGCUUUCACUAUCGACAGCAUCCUCGGGAGAAAUGAGAAAAGAGAAAUGUCGAGAAUAAACAGUUCCGGCGAUAAAGAGGAAGAACAAGAUGACAUGGAAGACAGGAUAGAGGGACACUUCGUCAAGCCGACUGCGAUACCAGCCACACGCUCUGAUAUAGAAGGGAGCUUGUAUACUCAUUCGGGAUUGCCGUACUCCGAAGGUGCAUUAUCCGAUCCCUCAGCAUAUUCUGCAACAUCACUCGCAUCAGCCUCAUUACUGUACAGUAGCUGGUUUGCUCAAACAAAGCCUGGACAGCUGUUCGGUUUACAAGCACCCAAACCGAGUGGCAGGAGGUCGAGAAAACCGGGUAUCGAUCGGAAACCGCGUCAAGCUUACAGUGCAAAACAGUUAGAAAGACUUGAGGCAGAAUUUAAGAUCGACAAGUAUCUCAGCGUGAGCAAGCGGAUGGAGCUGUCCAAGUGUUUGAAUCUCACCGAGGUGCAAAUCAAGACGUGGUUCCAAAAUCGCCGCACGAAGUGGAAGAAGCAGCUCACGUCCAGGCUGAAGAUCGCGCAAAGGCAGGGACUGUUUCCACCGACGUAUUUCCCGACCACCCAGUAUCCACUUCUUCCGUACUACGCGGCGCCUUUGAUGUUCGGUGCUCCUUUGUCGGACGACGCGAAUUCUAGCUUGCCGACCCGAUCCACCGUAUCGUCUUCAGAUACGGUCUGACGCAGUACAGACUCGAACUACUUCGUCGAUUGUCGGCCGGGCAACCGCGAAGUGCAAUAAGACCUUCCGUUGGCCACUGCGAAGUUCUCGGUGUAGCUUUUCUCUUUUUCUUUUUUUUUUCUUUUCUAUUAUCUCGUAUAAGAAUUUUUACUCGAAAUCCAGUUGAUAUAAUUGUAAAAAAAAAUCUAUCGUAAAAGUGUGCGAAUGACAAAACAUAUACAUUUUAAUUAUGAUGCAUCUUUAAGGAGAUGCUGGCGAAUAAUGUUUCGUGCAAGAGUGCCAUGCAAAAUAGAUACACUCUAAAUUCAUUCAUUAUUAUCUGCGUUUCUAGAGAUAGCGAAGUAAUAUUCAAGUAUCAGUCGUAUAAACAAUUUCUUGUUUUUGUCAGUUGCCUUCUAGACGACCGAUUAGUUUUCUUGUAUAUAUAAGCGCGAUAUAAUUGUAGAUUUAUGUAACACCUACGGGAAUCGUAUAAAAAAUAGUUGAUUGCAUUUAUUCGUAACGCGUUUCAGUAACUGAACAGGAUUGCACUCUGAUGAUAUUCAAGUAAGUGAUACGAGAAGUAACUUCACAUUAUGUGAGAGAGAAAGAUUUGUAAUUUAGAUCAAUCUUGAUUUGUAAAAUUAUUACGGAUUUAUGAAAUGCAUAUGAGGAAAUGUGUGAAAGACGAGCUCUGAAUUUACUUGCGACUUCAUACGUUUCCGGCGUGACAAGAUUCCAUCCAAGCAGUAGUGCAAGUGCAAGUGACGCGGAAGCGACAUAAACAGCCGUAUGGAAAUACUAUGUAAAGGACACAUGAAGAUAAUAUGGAAACGAUAUGGAAAAGGGGAAGGGAGGGAGAGAGAGGAAAUGACGUUAAUGCAGACGUCUCGCACUUCCUCUCUUCCAAGCGACCGUCAAGAAAAGCUUGUUCUCAGAGAACUUAUAAAACGAAGCACAAAGAAGCGGUUUAAUUGAAGGGCUUAGGAGCGUCAAGAAAAAAAAGACUACUCCUCACCAUCUUUAAUAAAGAGUGAGACAAAAAGAAAACUUUUAUCCUUCAUUGUACAUUGAAAAAAAUUGAUAAUAUUCACUAGAUGUUGAGUGAAAUGACGCCAAUUAAAGGCUUUUGAUUAAUAUAAUAAAAAUUAAUGUUACGUUCCUAUAUAUUAUAUAGUAAGUACACGGAAAGCACAAUUUUGCUGGAAUACAGACCUGAAAAUAAUUAUGUUGAAAUUAUGUUAAAAUCAUAAAAAAAUUUUUAUUGGAUGUUUAAGCUAGUUGUUAGAAUGUCAAAACUUUUUGCACCAUGCUUGAAUGUCUUUCAUACUAAUUUUGAUAAUCCAGCAUAAAAUUAUUGUCUGAUCUGUAUCUAGCUAAGUUUUUAAAUAUUACAGUAAAAUUGUUUUUCAGUGUAUUAAUUAUAAAUUGUAAAUUUAAUUAUACUUACUAUAUUUAGAAAAAUACAAGUACUUUUUGUUAUAUUAACCGAAAAUUUACUCAACAUUUAGUAGCCAUUAUCAAACUUUUUCAGUGCGAUGGAGAGGGAUGCAAGAAUAGAUAAGGAGAUUUGUGCUCGGUGAAAUAAUUAUGUGUUGUACGUAAGACUCUGAUUCGAACUAUUAUACAUAAUUUAACGUCUUCCGCUUACACGCGCGUAAAUGGAACAAAGCUUACGCGGCAGAGUAUAAUUUAUCGAGGAGAUACGGGCCAAACCGCAGCGUUACAUGUGUUAUCGAAGCGAUUCGUAUGCAACGUGCAAUUCAAAUAUACACUCGAGUUAGGGUCGCGCAUCUCUAUGUAAAGUUUAUGAGAGAGCCGCCGCAAUGUAGCUUAAAAAUGAAAGAGGCAUAUCCUGAAUUAUCGAACGCACGAGAAAAAAGAAUCGUAAAAUACUAUCGAGAAGAGAGCGUCUACGAAUAGGUAGUUUCGCUCUUGCGUCAAUAAAUUAUAUUCUAUCGUGAGAGCCUUUCUCCCCUUUGUCGGAGCGAUACAUGACAAGUUACUUUCGUUUAAAUCUCGCACGGAGGCAAAGGAGUAAAGUCUGAUGAGGGAAAAAAAUGCGAGACUAAUUACGAGCCACGCCGUAAUCGCAAAUGUAAGCUUGAGCAUUAAGAUGAAGUGAUAUAAUGGGAACUUAAUGGU